UCACAUUUUGACGCAGUACGUGAUGACGUAGGCGAGCGCGUCCGUACAAAAUUUUGCGCGGGUUCGCUUUGGGCAUGGACUGCUGUCAACGGUCGCCGAAGACUUCAUCAAAUUACUAGUAAAUAAGACCGUUGUGCGGCCGACUUUAAAGCCACCUGAUGUCAAAGAUUGGUGCGUUUGUUGAAGCUGCCACAAAAGACAAUGUGGAGGACUUCCUUCAGUUCAUCAAGCGUCAUAAGGACAAAGCAGACCCUUUCGAUGCAGAGGAGGUGGUGCAGGAGAUGUCCAGGAAGCAGAGAGCAUCUCUGUGGGGGAAUCUGGCCUCCCUUCUUCAGGUUGUCCUGUCGGAUGUCCCUCCCGAGCGCUGGGAGGAGGAUGGAAAGGAUGCGGGCGGCAAACUCGUAAUGGAUGUGGUGGACGGCAUCACGCUUGUGGCCAGCGUGUCAUUGAACGUCCUGCAAGAUGGCGAUGCCUACAGCAGCCUCCUCGACAUUGCCCACCAGCUUCAAAAUCUUCUGCUGUCUCUUCCGGUGUCGGCGGCCCAUGUGCCGCACCACAUUCUAACGCUGUGCGAGGCCUGGUGGAAGAAAGGCCUGCGGGACAAGGAGAUGUUUGGCCACACUGCUUUCAUCAUCUCGCUCCAGAAGAGCUUUGUUUUGGAUAAAGUGAGUUCUGAAAUCCAAAGAGUCUGGAGUCUCCACAAGGUGCUGUUGGAUGUGGACUACGCUUCAAACAAGCAGCUCAUCGACCAGCUGCUUCAGUGUUUCCACAGUCCUGCCUUCAUCGGAAGUGAUAAUGGCAAGCGCUUCCUGGUGUUCCUCUUCAGCUGGAACAUCGACUUCAUCGGUCUCAUUCACAACACUGUCAAAAAUCAUCUCGAGUUUUUCAGCAAGAGCAAAGUGUCACACAUCACAGAGAUCUACUUUCGGGCCUGGAAGAAGGCCAGCGGAGACUUCCUGGAGAAGAUGGAGAAUGUAUGCAUACAAGAUCUCAUGCACUGUGCCAUUUUGCUGCACAGAACCUCUCCUGUCCAUGGCAAAGUCAGACAGAUUGUGAGCUACUUCCACAUGAGAAAAGCCUGCCCCCAAGUGGAGAAGAUGCUCAAUGACCUGUACAAGCCCAUUCUAUGGAAAGCCCUCUGUGCUCCUAACUUUGAAGUUCGCGCCAACGCCACUUUCCUUUUCACCUCGGCGUUCCCCAUCCAUGACCCUGAUCAAAACAUUGAUAACAUCAAUGCGGCCAUUCAAAAGCAGCUGGACAUAGCGAUGGAUCUUCUUGAUGACCCUCAUCCCAGCGUACGCGCCAACGCGACUCUGGGCGUCUGUAAUAUCCUCGCCAAGUGCUGGGAGCUGCUGCCCCCAGCCAUCAUCGCUGACUUCCUGAAGAAGCUGGUCUCAGAGCUGGCAUCUGACAUCAGCUCCCCCGAUGUUCGUUGCUGCGUCUUUAAGUGUCUCAGCAUCGUCCUGGACAACCCGCUCAGCCAUCCGCUGCUGGAGAAGCUGCUGCCCACACUGAAAUACAGCCUCCAUGACAAGUCGGAGAAAGUGCGAAUAGCUUUCCUCGACAUGCUUAUCAAGGUCAAAGCCGUGCGUGCGGCCAAGUUCUGGGACGUGUGCAACAUGGAACACCUGCUCGCCCGCCUGUCUUUGGACUCCCAGUCUGUGUCCAAGCGUGUCGUCGAUCUGCUUUUCAAAUCAUUUUUCCCCGUCAACGAUUCGGAGCGGGAGUGGUGCAGCAGGUGCAUCACCCUCAUACAGAUGAACCCUGCGGCUGCCCGAAAAUUCUACCAGUACGCCUUCAGACACACCGCCCCCACAAAUAUAAUAAAAUUAAUGCUGGCCAUCCGCCGCGUGCUGAACAGCUGCAUCCAAGCGGAAUGCAGCAACAUCGACGACAGCAACAAGGAGAACAGCAUCGCUGAGGGGUCACCUCUGACCAAAGACAUGAUGGCCAGUCUGCUGGAGGUGGUGGCCAUCCUGUGGAGGAGCAUCAACAACACCCUGAAACACAACAAGGAGGCUCAGAAGUUCACCUACACCAAGUUUGGCAGUGUCAUGAGCAAGUACUUUAACAUCUUUGAGGAUGAACGGUGCACAGCUCCUCUCAUUCAGAUGGCCUCUCUCCUGCCCGCCAAUCAAGUUCCAACAUUCAGCUGUGGUGUGCUGUCUCGUCUGAGGAAGAUGAACUCUGAAGCCACGCCCUUGCAAUACAGCAUGCUACUGGACUGCAUGUGCAUGUGGGGCAAAGCUGCAAGCCUCCUGGAGCUCAUCACUGACUGGCUUGCUGAAGCCCUGCCCGACAAGCAAGAGGGAAUGGUAAAUGGUGGUCAGAAGGUGCGGAUCUUGGAGACGGUGGAGACCAAACCCGAUUUGGCACUUGCCUACCUGGAGUACCUACUAAUACACUCGUCCACACGUGACAAAGUCCUGGCUCUGAGUCGGGGUCCACUCAGUCAGCUCCAUACAGUUCUAGGAAACUGGAAGGCGGUGCUUUAUUCUCACCUCAGUUGCGCCUCUGAUGCUGCACACCCCUCAAGUGUGGCUUUAAAAGCCUUCACCAUUCACGGCCGCCUCAGCGCGCACAUGCAACACGAUUUGUCAGACGGCCGCGAGUACCUGCUGUCUUUGGAGCACACGGCUUCGUGGGUGGCCGAGAAGGUGCUGCCCUUUCUGGCCAAAGGUCGUCAAGGAGAUACUGAUGAGGAUGCCCAGACAAUGACACCAUUAGCAAUAGAGAUAUCUGAGAACUUCCUGUCUGUUUGCAAAGAUGUGGUGCUGGUUGGUUUGGCUGACGACACCCUCCAAAGUAAAAUUCUGCAACUCUGCUUGCUGGUACUGCUCUCAGAUACGGGCUACUUGUGUAUCCCGUCUGUGCUGCCGUUUUUGAAGGAAGUGAUGGACAGUGUGGUCCUAGAAGACAACAGACAUGCAGAGGGAGAUGAAGAUGCUGCCACCGUGUGUCUAGGUGUGGUAGCAAACAUAUUCCAGAAGAUAAUAGAACUCUUGGCUCGCAGACUCAAGAAGGAACCAGAGGAGGGCAAACAGCUGUGUCAGUUGGCUGUUCCCGGGCUGACUGACUUCCUGGGGGUGGCUCAAGCCUGCACGUCGGCUCCCCUCAGAGGGAUCUUCUCCACCCUUUUUGCUCUCAUCGUUGUUGAGACCAGACACGCCCUCCAAAAGAUAACAAACCCAGAAGAGUUCAUGAUCCUGGAGAAGGUUGAGGACAUGCCGCCUCUGUCAGCUGUCCUGCUGUCCGUCAUCCUGAAGUCAUCUCCGGUCACAAGGGCAUUUUUGGGGGAGGUGGUCUCGUCCCUGGAUGUCUUCAGCAGUCCGAGCGAACUGGUUGCCGUAGUUAAUGUCCUGGCGGUCCUCAGAGGCGCGGGACAGUCCAAGACAUGCUUAAAGACUGCGGCGGCGCAUGUUCAACAGCAGCUCCACGUGCACGCCGACAGCGGCGACGUCCACAGGCUCAUUCAAGAAGCUGCUGCAAAGACUCUGAAUGAAAUGCUGAAUUGAUCAUCUUCGGUGUUGCAAAAAUCUAUUUGGUGUUUCCAAAAGCAAGAACGUGAUGAACAGCACAGUAAAAGGAAACUCUCACCCCCUUACAUCACAAAACUCUCAGCAUCAUAUCAAUAUAUAUACUGUAAAUAUUAUACAUAAUGGCCAAACAGGUAUUGUCGCAUGAUAUCUUAAGAAAAAUGAACAUUAACACAGCCAUUAAAAACAUUCAAGACAUUUUUUACAUAAAAGCUUUUGUGGCAUCAUGGCUUCCGUGUGAUAAUAUGUAACCAAAUAAAAUAAAAAUAUGAGCAUUUUAUAAAUUGAAAGGCUAUAUUAUUAAACUUGAUGGUCUUUGCAAAGACA